CAAUUAGCUUAGCUUAGGUUUUAUAGCUUAUUAUUAUUAUCUGUGAGAGGCUAGAAAGAAACAGUAACAAUAGAGCUGCUUUUAGCUUAGGUUUUUGUUUGUUUUCACAGAUAAAAAAAAUGGUGAAGAAAAUAGGAGGGAGAGGGAGAGUAAUGGAGCAAUGGAAUAAGCUAAUAUGCUGCAAGCUCUUCAUCUCAGAAUCACGCAACCGAAGCGCUCUGGAGGCAAUUGAAGAAGCUGGUCGACGAUGGCGUGAGGCGGAAGCUGUAAUAGUCAACAAGCUCGAAGACAAAGCUUACAAUCGUGUAAGAUACACCAUCGUUUCGUAUUGUGAUAUCGAUGGUCAUAAUAAUAAUAGUAGCAGUAGUCCGCUGCAGCAGAUGGUGAUGGCCAUGGUAGAGGCUGCUUUUGAGACCAUAAACCUGGAGAAUCAUUCCGGAGCUUACCCUCGUUUGGGGGUCGUCGAUGAAAUUCUUUUCCAUCCCUUGGCCGACGCCUCUCUUCACCAGGCAGCCAUGCUUGCUCGGGCUGUGGCCAUUGACCUCGCCACUAAAUUUCAAGUGUAUUUAUACGGUGCAGCACACCCUACAUGGAAGGCCCUAGACAUCAUCCGAAGGGAGUUGGGUUACUACACGCCCAACUCCACAGGCAACCAAUGGGCCGGGUGGACCGUACCGGAAGCUCUACCACAGAAGCCCAAUGAAGGUCCAAUAUCUAUGUCCAAAGAAAGAGGGAUCGCCAUGAUUGGGGCACGCCCAUGGAUUGGCUUGUACAAUGUACCCAUUAUGACCACAGAUAUCUCCAUGGCUCAAAAGCUGGCAAAAAUGGUGAGUGAGAAGGGAGGUGGGCUUCCCACUGUGCAAACUCUGGGCCUUGCUCAUGGUGACGAUCACACUGAGAUAGCUUGCAUGCUCUUAGAGCCCAAUAAGAUUGGAGCAGACCAGGUCCAAAACCGAUUAGAGAAGUUGGGGGCCCAAGAAGGAUUGCAUGUAAAGAAGGGUUACUUCACUGAUUUUUCAUCUGAGAAAAUCGUUGAAAAGUAUAUCAAUUUAAUCUCUGCUAAAAAAGAAUCACCGAGGUCCAGAUUAUAGAACCUCUUAAUUUAUCAGCUUCAACAUCCUGCUAGGAUAUUAUUCAAUAAAGAAAAGUGAACCAUUGUGGUUUAAUAACUUGAAUGUUACUGUUUUAUCAUCUUGGGAUCAAAAUUGUACUGUUGAGGGUUAUUGCAAGGUGAUACAUAGUUGUAACGUUCCAAAAACUCCUUAUAAGGUUUACUACCUUGGUUAAUGUGCCGGGAGGACAUAAUUGAAAAUUAUAUGAUUUUAAUUAAAUAUAUGUGUGAUUAAGUGUAUUAUAGCUA